AUGCUCCUUGAGUUCGCAGGUGGACGUCAGGCCACCAGCCAGGCCCGCGAGCACGUCUACAUAGCGAAGUCCGAGUUCCUCAGCAGGUUCAUCAUCAUCGGCAAGGACACGAUGUGCAUCUACAACUCGGACAUUUGCCCCCACCUGCUCUGGAGAAAAUGCGAUCAGGAUUACCCGGACGAGAAGUUGGUGAAGUGCGAGGACAACCAUGGGAGCAUAUGCACAAAGCACAACACGAUGUCGAAGGGGGGUUUCAACGCGAUCAUCUCCUGGCACAUGGAACAGACCACGCUCGUGACGUGCGACACAUGCAAGAGCAAGGGUUACGGUACGAACAUUGAAGGGCAGAGCUUCCCGGGGCACCCAGCGGCGGGUAUACUAAAGACGUUGCACGAGAAUUCUGGCAUGAUCACGACCACGAAGAUGGACAAGGAGAGGACGACGUAG